GAGUAGAAGUUAGAACCAACUUUGCCAAAAUGUACGCUAGCUAGCUUGUUCCUCUACGUACUUUCUAAGCAGCUAGCGAGUAAGCUCGCCAUGAGCCAAGAAUUCCUCCUAGCGACCGAACAACCAUCACAGAGCCACGAACAACAAGAAUUGCACGACAUCGUCCGGCAAGAGCACCAUGGGUACACCAUGCAACAAGGCGGUGGCCCGACGUUGUCCGGCUACGGCCACAAGCGCAAGAUCACUCUGAUCCCGCUCGUCUUCCUCAUCUACUUCGAGGUGGCAGGCGGCCCUUACGGCGCCGAGAAGGCCGUCCUCGCAGCUGGGCCGCUCUUCACCCUGCUCGGCUUCCUCAUCUUCCCCUUCGCGUGGGGCGUCCCGGAGUCGCUCAUCACGGCCGAGCUCGCCACCGCCUUCCCGGGCAACGGCGGCUUCGUCCUCUGGGCCGACCACGCCUUCGGCCCGCUCGCCGGCUUCCUCCUCGGCAUGUGGAAGUACCUCAGCGUCGUCAUCAACAUCGCCGCCUACACGGCCCUCAUCGCUGACUACCUUGGCGGAAGCGGAGUGGCCCCCGCGGUCGCGCAGCCCGGCGGGGCGCGCACGGCCGCGGUGAUCGGCAUGACGCUGCUCCUCUCGUUGGUGAACUACGCCGGCGUGAGCGUUGUCGGGUGGGGCGCCGUGGCGCUGGGGAUGGUGUCGCUGGCCCCAUUCGUGCUGAUGACGGCCAUGGCGGUGCCCAAGGUGAGGCCGAGUCGGUGGGCGUCGCAGGUGAAGGGGGAGAAGGACUGGAGGCUCUUCUUCAACACGCUCUUCUGGAACCUCAACUACUGGGACUGCGCCAGCACGAUGGCCGGGGAGGUGGAGCGGCCCGAGCGAACGUUCCCGCGGGCGCUGGCAGUCGCCGUCGUUCUGAUCGCCGGCAGUUACCUGCUGCCGCUUAUGGCCGCGACCGGCGCCACAGACGCGUCGCCGGAUGCGUGGGUCAACGGCUACUUGGCUGACGCGGCAGGCAUCAUCGGGGGACCAUGGCUCAAGUACUGGACAGGGGCCGGCGCAGUGAUCUCUUCCAUCGGCAUGUUUGAGGCCCAGAUGAGCAGCGGCACAUUCCAGCUCCUCGGCAUGGCAGACAUGGGCCUUCUCCCAGCUGUCUUCUCUCGCCGUGCCGCCCGUACUGGUACCCCGUGGGUGGCUAUCGUUGUGUCGACUGUUGUCACAAUUGCUGUCUCCUUCCUCUACUUCGAUGAUGUUGUUGCCACUGCUAACUUCUUGUACAGCCUGGGCACGCUGCUCGAGUUCGCCUCCUUCCUCUGGCUCCGCAUGAAGUACCCAGCGCUGAAGCGCCCUUACCGCGUGCCGCUGUCGCUGCCUGCGCUUGUGGCCAUGUGUGCCGUGCCAUCUUCAUUCCUGGCCUACGUGUGUGUGGUGGCCGGGUGGAGGGUAUUCACCCUCGCCGCGGGGCUUACUACUCUCGGUGUAGGGUGGCAUUGCGUCAUGAGAGUAUGCAAGGCCAAGAAGUUGCUCAAAUUCAACAACGCAGCUGCUGCUAACCCCCAACUGUAUGCCCGUGACAACUAUCAUCUGGUUCUGGGGUGAUAAAUUAUCUUAGUUCAGAAGUGGCCAUGGCUCGUGGUUUUCGACAACUGAAUUGAUGCUUUAGUGAUCACUUUUAAUUGGGUGAGCUGGAUUUGGAGCUAAGAAAACAAUUCCAAGCCUAUAAUAUUGUCGAGUUGUAUAUGCAUAUUUGUCUUUCAGAAAGGAGGAUAUUUUUUUUCCUUUUUUCGAAAAGGAGGCGUACCCCCGGCCUC